GACCUCAUACCUCAUUUCCAAUUCAAUUCUCAAUCUAGGCUUUUUGUAAACAUGGAAUGCAGGACUCUAGAGAUCACUCUAAUCUUUGCCAAGGACCUCGAGGAUGUCAAUGUUGACUCCAAGAUGGACGUUGACGCCGUCGUCAUCAUCAACGACGACCCACAAACCAAACAGAAGAUCCCCGUCGACAAGGACUGCGGUUCCAACCCCAAGUGGAAUUACACCAUGACAUUCACCGCGGAAGAAGCCGCCGCCAACCGGAAACGCCUUGAGCUUGUGAUCUGUCUCGUGUCAGAUCGUCUCUUUGGCGAUAUAGUUGCCGGCGAGGUGUUGGUGCCUAUCAAUGGAUUUCUUGAUUGCGAAGAGAAGGUUCCCGUUUACGGCGUCAGGUUGCCGAAAGGAAUGGUGAAAGGUACAUUGAAUUUGUGUUGCAAAACCAGUGUUCCUGUUGCUGCGCCGCCGCAUGAGACGAAGAAAGCGAAGUCCGCGGAAACGCCUGUGAUGCGAUAUCCUGCUGUCGGGUACAGCGGGGAAUACCCACCUCAGCUCCCCGCCGCGUACGCCUACAAUUCCCCGCCACAGGGUGUGUACCCACCGCCGCCUCCGCCAAAGGGAUAUGUGACAUCUCUUUCUUUAAGUUGAGCAAUGAUCAUGUCAUUAAGAUUGAGCAUUUUAAAUCCAAGCUAAGGCCGCACAACUCUCCUGUACAACAUGGCCUUCUAUGGUUUGACAUCUCAUUUUAUGGAUGAUCUGAUGGCAAAUAAAAAACUUCAAAUACG